AAGACCUAACCUCACUUUCUUUUAAAUCGAAAUCAUGAUAUUAAAAAUUGGAUUUCAAAAACUAUUCUAUCAUAAGCCCGUAAUACAAUUACAGCAAAUUGCAUUACUAUCAUCAGAGAAAAAUGUAGAUCUAAAGCAGAAAAGGGAACAGAUUAUGUCCAGGGGCUUACCAAAACAGAAACCUAUUCCGGGAGUUAAGAAUAUCAUUCUCAUAUCAUCUGGGAAGGGAGGAGUAGGAAAAAGCACUACUUCAGUAAAUUUAGCUGCAGCACUAAAGCAUUUAAAUCCAAAUAAAGGAAUUGGUCUUCUAGAUGCAGAUGUAUUUGGCCCAUCAGUGCCCCUAAUGAUGAACCUAGAUGACCAGCCCCUUUUAACAAAAGAUAAUUUGAUGGAACCUUUAAUAAAUUAUGGAGUAAAAUGUAUGUCAAUGGGUUUUCUUGUAGAAAAAGAUGCUCCAGUUAUUUGGAGAGGUUUAAUGGUGAUGCAGGCACUGGAAAAACUAAUAAGACAAGUGUAUUGGGGAGAAUUAGAUUAUUUGGUAGUGGAUACACCCCCAGGAACAGGAGAUACAUUGUUGAGCCUUGUUCAGAAUCUACCUAUCUCAGGUGUAGUUUUGGUAACAACCCCUCAAUCAGCAGCUCUAGAAGUGACCAAAAGAGGAGCUGGUUUGUUUAGAAAAUUAAAUGUGCCCAUAAUAGGAAUAGUAGAAAAUAUGAAGUAUGUGAAAUGUACUUCCUGCUCAAAUCAUAUCAAUAUUUUUGGAGAAGGAACUUCAAAACUUGCAAAUGAUCUCAAAUGUAAUGUCUUGGCCAGUUUUCCAUUGGAUCCUGGAAUAUCUACAAGCACUGAUGAGGGGACUCCUAUAGCAAUAACACAAAAUACUGGUGAUAUUAGUAAAUUGUAUCAUGCUGUAGCUGAUAAGAUUGAAACAUUUAUAAAAAGUAAAUAAAUUUUGUUAAUUUU